AUGGUGGACCUGUUUGUUGACCGGGUGCUGUUGAAGAACAACAAGGAGCAGGAUGAGCUUGACACAGAGAGAGAGAUCGUCAUGCGCCUGCAGAACCGCAUCCUGAUGCUCUUCUUUGCAUCUGCAGCAUGUGAGAGAUGCCAGCAGUUUACUCCCACGCUCAGCAACUUCUUCAAACGGUUGACGGAUGAAUUCUAUGUCGACCGAGCUGCUCAGCUUGUUCUCGUGUACAUAAGUUUGGACCAGAGGGAGGAAGAGCAAGAAAGCUUCCUGAAAGAGCUGCCCAAGAGGUGCCUGUUCCUGGCCUACGAGGACCCCUACAGGAGAGAGCUGCAGGCCAUGUUUAAUGUGGAGGAGCUGCCCACUGUGGUGGUGCUGCGCCCCGACUGCUCCAUCCUCAUCCCCAACGCAGCGGAGGAGAUUCUCUGCCUCGGACCAGACUGCUACCGCAACUGGCAGGAGGCGGCGGAGAUCAUCGACAGGAACUUCCUGAUCAACGAGGACUUUGAAGUGAAGUCCAUGUGCAGCUGGAGUGACCCCAUGAGGAGACUGAAGUACAGGGUGGAGGAUGAGAAGAAGAAAAGCAAGAAAAAGCACCUUGACAGAGGGUGGGGUGGAGGUGGAGAAGAGGAUGUGAAUGGUAAGGAUGGAGGAGGUUCACCAUGGUGA